AUGGUGCCCCUCGCCCCAGGCGCCAGGCUUCCAGUCUCUGCGCCCGCAGCGAAACCAAGCAAACCUCUCCUCCGUCGAGCCGCACUCAGUGGCACCGUUCGCACAUCCGAGGAUGCCGGCCUGGAUCUCGACUUGAUCCCUAAUCCUGCGAGUCCGAACAAGAGGGCUCGAGUCAGCUUCAACCCGACAGUCGAGGAAAAGAUAAUGGAGGUCUACCAGGCCAAAGGCCGGAGCAUGGACUCCGUGCGAGGGGAGGUCAAGCGAUCGAUCGAAGCGCAUAUCAGAGACAAGGGAGAUAGCGAGGGCUACGACAGAAUUAGGGAGAUGUUCGCGGGGAAGAAAGGCGAUAAGGGGGGGGAUGGGGGGGAGGAGGAGGAGGAGGAGGAGGAGGGGUUCAAUGUGGAUAUCAAGACGUAUCUGGGGGCGCUCACAGCCCACACCUCGCUGCUGAACAGCAGUUGUCGCAGUCUUGUCUCGGCUGUGCUUGCAUGCGAGUGGAUGGGGAGAGACCAGGCGUUUGUGAAGGCGUACGUUGACUUCUUGGUCAGUCUGGUCAGUGCGAAGGGCCUUUACGUCGGCAUGGUGCUGGGGAUGCUGGUGGGGCACUUUCACGGAAUACGGUUAGCAAGUGGACGACUUGCAGGCUACCCCGAGGUCAACCGAGAAAAGCUUACCGGUCGGAUUCAUUUCGCUCUGGAAACUCUCCUUCAAAAGAUCCCCUCCGCUAGUGGGACGUUGUCCGAUAUUCUCGAAAAGAAGUUUCCCCUCCUCGAUGAUACGAAAAAGGCUCAUGUUACCUACAUCGGCAAUCUUGUCCGCCUUAUCAAGUAUGCCCCGGAGCUCAAGUCUGAAGUGUUCGAGCAGAUUACGAGAAGGGUCGUUACAAUUGAUGUGCAGAUGCAGGUGGAUCUCGACGACGUCGAUGACGAGGUAGCAGCAGCGAUUGUCCAAGCCAUCUCAUUGAAUCCGAAUCGAAGCGGUGGAGACGGGGAAGACUCGGACAGCGACGUCGAUUCGGUCAUCAGCGACGAUGACGACCACGUCGACACAAAGCGAAUUAGAGAGAUGAAAGUUAAUGUCGAGAAGAUGGACGCCAUACUCGACUUGCUCUUUACCCUCUACAGCCCAUAUUUCGCCGAUCCAAACAGCGUUGAGGCAGCCUCGAUGUACGAAACUCUGCUCCGGCAUUUCUCGGACACCAUACUUCCCAUGUAUCGAUCCCGGCACACGCAAUUCCUCCUGUUCCAUUUCGCGCAAACAGCGGAGCAUCUGGUCGAUUCGUUUGCUGGUACCCUCAUACAGCUUGCUUUUCAGCCUAGCCGGGCAGCUGUUCAGAGACAAUCAUCGGCUGCCUAUUUAGCUAGCUUUGUAGCCAGAGGGGCUCACGUACAGGCUAGCGUGGUCCGGACCGUCUUCGAUAUCAUUGGCGAUAACCUAGAUACUAUCCGCUCUCACAACGAGCUCACAUGCCGAGGCCCGGAUUUGCAGCGGUACGGCACGUUCUACGCCAUGACACAGGCGCUCUUAUACAUAUUCUGCUUCAGGUGGCGUGACCUGAUCACAUCCUCAGAGAUCUCGGAAGAAGAGGAUCCCGUUGGUUUCGUCAGCCAGGACCUGAACUGGACUGCUGGGGUCAAGGAGACCCUCACUCGAGCCAUUUAUUCGAAGCUCAACCCUCUCAAGGUCUGCUCGCCUCCAAUCGUGGCCGAGUUUGCCAAGAUUGCCCGCCACCUGCGAUUCAUGUACGUGUAUCCGCUCCUCGAGACCAACAAGCGCAUCCGCCUCGGCCAGUACUAUUCAGGCCAUGCCACCGGUGCAUUGAGAGACACGGGGAACGGAGGAAACAAUGAUAGCUGGCACCAACUGGACGCCUACUUUCCAUUUGACCCCUACCAGCUCCCGAUCAGCAAGCGGUGGAUAGAAGGCGACUAUGUGCAAUGGAAGAGCAUCCCCGGUCUGGACGAAGACGAGGAAGACUCCGACGACGAGUCCGGAGACGAAGACGACGACGACGAAGUCGAUGUAGAGGAGGACACGGCUACUGAUGAGGAUGACGAAGAGUGA